GUCGACGGAGUGGGCCUGCCCGCUUGAGCCGGUCGAGCCAAACAACGACUGGAAGGCGUCUAUCAAGCCGGUGCUCAAGUACUUUGAGGAGCGCACGCCCGGCUCCAUCACCGAGUCGCAAGAGCACACGCUGACCUGGCACUACCGCGACUCGGAUGAGGACUUUGGCGAGAUCCAGGCCUCCGACUUGCAGCUCCACCUCAAAGAGGUGCUCGGCAACCAGCCCGUCGAGGUCUUCCUCGACUCGAAGAUGGUGCAGCUGCGCCCGUACGGCGUCUCGAAGGGCGCGGCGCUCGAGGCGGUGCUGGAGGCGUGCACGCUCGGCCCGCGCGACCUCGCGUCCGUCCCGUCGACGCGGAGGGAGCGGACGGAUGACACCACGGCGCGGCUGGAGCGCGAGUCAAACACCUCUUCGCUGCACGAGCUGUCGGAGGACCUCGCCACGGCCGCCGCCGCCGCCGAGGCGCCGCUGACGCAGGAGGCGCUCGCCGCCGCCGCGGGCGCCGCCGAGCGCCUCCCCCUGGACUUCGUGCUCUGCCUCGGCGCGCACUCGAUGCGAGACGAGGACCUGUUCGGCGGCCUGCUGCCCAAGGAGGGGGAGGACCGCGAGGAGUACAUGGAGCACCUCCCCGCGGACGCCAAGCACGUGUGGACUUGCCGGGUGGGGAGGCAGCCAAGCCAAGCCCGCCACUACGUCGACGACGAGCGGGAGGCGGCGGCGCUGCUCGCGCAGCUGGGCGCGGCCACCCGCAUCGGGCAGGAGAAGGAGCGCGAGCAGGCGGCCGUGCAGCUGCAGCUGGACGAGGCGGCCGCCGCGUCCAUCGACGGCGACGCGGUGGGGGAGCGCGCGGCGGCGGCGGCGGACGAGCAGAGCCUUCGCAGCGCGCUCGAGUGCAUGGACGAGAUCGAGGAGCAAAUCUCCGGGUUCCAGCUCGCCUUCUUCCUCGACUACGACGGCACCCUCACCCCCAUCGUCGAGAACCCGUCCGAGGCGAAGCUGUCCGAGGAGGCGCGGUCGGUGGUGCGCGCGCUCUCGUACCGUUUCCCGACCGCGAUCGUCUCGGGCCGCGCGCGGGCGACCGCGCAGGGCCUGAUGCAGCUAGACGGGCUCUACUACGCCGGCUCGCACGGCUUCGACAUCCUCGGCCCGGACGGCUCGAACUACAAGAUGGCGGAGUCCUUCCGGCCGUCGCUCGAGGAGGCCAAGGUGAAGCUGGAGGAGCAGCUCGCGCACAUCGCGGGCGCGCUCGUGGAGGACAACAACUUCUCCGUCUCGGCGCACUACCGCAUGGUGGCGGAGGAGGAGCGCGAGGCAGUCAACGAGGCGGUCGAGCGGAUCGUGGCGGAGAUGCCGAUGCUGCGGCGCACGUACGGCAAGAUGGUGUACGAGCUCCGGCCGUCGGCAGAGUGGGACAAGGGCAAGGCCGUCGAGUGGCUGAUCGAGAACUGGAUCAAGCGCUCUUGCGAGCUGCCCGUCUUCCCAAUCUACAUCGGCGAUGACGUGACCGACGAGGACGCCUUCCGGGUGAUGGGCGGCCUCGGCGGCUUCGGCAUCAUCGUGUCCGACUUCCCUCGCCUCAUCACCGACACCGCCGCGUCGUACGCGCUGCGCUCGCCGCUGGAGGUGCUGCACUUCCUCGACCACUUCGCCUUCUCGUCGCCGAGCGCGCCGCCGAGCGAGCGGAUCAGCGCGCUGGUGGCGGGCGGGUCGGCGGCCGAGAGCGAGAGCGAGGCGUCGCCGUUUGUGGAGAGGAGGACUCCGGCUGAGAGGUACUCGGAGAGGUAGAGAGGGCGGCGCAGUCCGCAGCGCAGAGAGAGCGUGCGCGUCUUGUUGUACGACAGUACCGUGGUCACAGAGGUCCGUUUGAGAUUGUGAGGAGUGAGCGUUUUGCUGUCCCGCCCGGCCUCCUGAGUCCUGUCUAUUUGUGUGCUCCCGUCCGUCUCCCGACUCCCGUAGAGAUUCGUGCUUUGCGAGUUGCGACGUUGUCACGCGUCGAAACGUGUAGAAACAAGGAUGGACAGCG